UCGUAAAGUGUAUUCCGACGUAAAUCGACCUAAGCUUGGAAAUAAAGUCGUGAAGAGAUGUUUGGAAUUUUUGACACACCUCAUCCGGAUCCAAACCCGCUGCCGUUGACCAAUUCACCAUGGCCGAUCUUUACGAUACUCGCAAUCUAUUUAAUAUUUGUGAUGAAGGUCGGAAGAGUCUAUAUGAAGAAUCGUGAACCCUACGAUUUAAGAACAGUUUUACAAUUCUACAAUCUCGGUCAGGUGGCAUACAAUGGAAUAUUCUUUGGAGUUACAUUUUAUUAUCUGAUCAUACGGCGCAUAUGCAAUUUGGGAUGUAUGGAAAGCUUUCCGCUUGACCACGAGCACAAGAAUCUGGAGCGCUAUUUGCACUUUGCGUACUUCAUCAACAAGCUCAUUGAUUUGCUGGACACGGUGUUCUUCGUGCUACGCAAGAGCAAUAAACAAAUUAGUUUUCUCCAUGUGUACCAUCAUGUUAUGGUGUCUGCGGUCUGCUAUUUGAUAAUGCGUUUCUAUGGAACUGGUGGUCAUCUCAAUAUUGUUGGAAUGGUUAACUCAUUAGUGCACACAGUGAUGUAUUUCUAUUAUUUCCUUUCGGCCUUCUUACCUGGCUUCAAAGCAAAAAUUUGGUGGAAGAAGUAUAUAACAAUAAUACAACUCGUGCAAUUUGUUGUUAUAGCUUUGUAUACAUUGUUCGUAAUGCUAAUACAAAAGGACUGUCACAUCCCCAAUAUUCUGCUUCUGAUGCAAGUAAUUCAGUCUACCCUUAUGCUUUAUAUGUUUGGCAAAUUCUAUUUGGAGACCUAUGUGACCUAUGGGGCAAGAGUCCAGAAAGUUGACUAAAUGCUAUAGUACGACAGGCAUUGUCAAUUUUAAUUAAAUGAUGUAAAUAAAGUUUAAUUUAAAUACUA